GAAAGCCAGCGGAGCAUCAGAUGCUGAAGCGCAUACUUCCACAUCCUAAGUCCACCCUGAGUGAAAAGGCGGAGGACAGACGGACCCUGUGACAGUGAUGGGUUUGAUCUCAUUCAGCCUCCUCAGCUGGAGUGUGGGCUUCACUCUCUGCUUUCUCAUCCUGCUGCUCCCAGAGGCCAAAGCAGACAACCUGAACACUUCAACUUCACGCAACGGCGGAGGUUCACAGUGUGGGGAGUACACAAACCAGCUGAUGGAGGAUGGGACGUGCCGGCUGGUGGCCACGCUGCCCCAGCUGGAUGAGAGAAGAUGCCCGGAUAUGUUCCGCUGCUCUGACGAGGUUUCUUACUGGCUGCACGAGAACGAGGAGAGGAAGCAGCAGAUCGUGGCUCUGAAGGAAACCAUCUCCGAGCUGCAGGAGGAACUCAGGAACCACCGGCAUCGCAUCAAAGUCCUCGAGCUGCAGAGUGAAGAGAAGCUCCACCUGAACAUCUCUUUGGAGCAGCGUUUCCAUGAGCUGGAGGUUCAUUAUGCUGAGGCCAGCUCUCUGCUGCAUCUGCAGGGCACCCUCAUCCUAGACCUGCAGAACCAGUUACAUAAUCUGACCCUUCUGAUGGAUAAAGUCAAAAGAAGCUCAGACUGUUCCAUCAAUAUAGUUCGGCCCAAUCAUUUGCAGAAUACUCAAGAAGCCCUGCAUCCAGAGAUCCAGCAUGUGGGAAACUGUCCCAUAGACUGUGCCUCCAUCUACUAUAACGGUGUGAGGAGAUCAGGUCUCUACACCGUGGUGCCAUUGCUUGCAAGCAUGCCGGUGGAGGUUUACUGUGACAUGGACACAGAUGGUGGUGGCUGGACCGUGAUCCAGCGGCGAGUUGAUGGCUCUGUGAGCUUUGACCGCAGCUGGAGGGAAUACAGGGAUGGAUUUGGUGACCUGCACUCAGAGUUUUGGUUGGGCAACAAUCACAUCCAUGAGCUGAGCACCCAGGGAGACUACAGCCUCCGCAUAGACCUGGAAGAUUGGAGCAUCCAGCAUAAGCAUGCCCUCUACCAGAGCUUCAGUGUGGAAGAUGAGGAGCAUCAGUACCGUCUCCAUGUGUCAGGUUUCAGUGGCACAGUGCAGGACUCCUUCGGUUGGUACCAUGACAAGCAGCACUUCAGUACUCCAGACACUGGCAACAUCUGUGCUGAGAUCUCUCACGGUGGCUGGUGGUACAACCAGUGCUUCUAUGCCAACCUUAAUGGAGUCUACUACAGGGGAGGCCAUUACACUCCGAAAGGCCGUGGCUCACUGGGUCCUGAUGGGAUUGUCUGGUACUCUUGGAAAGACUCGGAUUAUUACUCUCUACGCAAAGUCAGCAUGAUGAUCCGACCACGCAGCUUCCACACACGUUUGUCACCCUGAAUGACGAAGGUGCAGAAGAAGAACUAAGUAUCUCUCUAAGCUUAGAGAGAUGAAAGGAUGAGACUGAGGAAAUGUGAACACUAUGCUGAUUGUAUUCAGCAUUUUUCCCCAUUGGUAGUUGAACCCAAGGAGUGGGUUCUGGAAAAGGCACUUUGUUUUGAACCUUUUAAACUAUGCAAAUGAAAAAGGACCCAUAAUACAAACUUUACCAUAGAGAUGAUGGAUUUUUCCACAAUUAUGGAAAGUGUUCAUUUCUUUUAUACAGUUUUGUAUGUUAGCUUGGAAAACUUUUCAGUUUUUGACUUUGCCAAGUAGAGGUACGUAUGUACAAUGUGUCCUGACAGAGGAGCUACUGCAACUUCAGUAGGAGUUUACACUAACUGCUACUGUAAAUCCGAUCACUCUUGUGAAACCAGAUGUGUGUUUCAGCUUUUCUGUGUUUUUUUGUUUGCUUGUUUUUGAAACCUAUGUGGUUAGUCCAUAAACUUUAAGUGUGUGUGACAAAUAAACUUCCUUUAUUUUGGUACUAAAAAGAAUACAGUCACAGUUGUAAUUUUAAAGAACAUAUUAGUUAUUCUUAAUUUCUGAAAAAUCAUUAUUUCUAAUUUAGCUUAGAUUUGAAUUUAUUGUGGAUUUUGUCUGAGCCACAUUGUCCAAAAUCCAUAUUCCCACUAAUGUUUGGGUGAAUGUCCCUAAUAUAAUGUCAUUCCACAUACUGAACAUCUCUUUGGAGCAGCGUUGAUGGAGCAAGUUGGUUGAUGACUU